AUGCACUCGCGCAAUGUAACAGCAUGGCCUAAAUGGGAAGAAGAUAAACUUCUUCCCUGGUUAGAGGCCAACCGCAAACUGUCGUGGACCGCUCGCUCUGAUGCCUAUUUGGAGCAAGUUGGGGUGAAGCGCUCUGUUGAGUCCUUACGAGGAAAGAAAUAUUAUAUCCUACGAAAAUGUCGCGAUGGUCGUGUCAGAUCGUCGCAGCAGGCGACCACCUCAAAGGGCCGGGCCACCAGAAACACAAAAUGGGGUCUUUCAAGUAAUGAUUCUAUCAGUGACAGAAAUGUUAGACGAUGGAUCCAUGGCAUUCCUGAGGUUGCACCAGAUUGCGUCAAGAAUCAAGAACUAACCAUCGGCCGAAACAUCGUCAUGUGCUCAUGA